UCAAAGAACUGUCAAAUCAACCUAACCUAUCUAUUUAUAUUCCGUAACCUAUAAACAAUUACAAUGUUCUUCAACCGCAUCCGAAUAACCCUAAACUUCACCACCACCCUAUGUAAAUACUCGCAACAAAAAGUGCCGCAGCCCCUCCGCAGCAAAAAACCAAAAUCCACCAAAACGCCGGUCCAAAAUUUUGUAGAUUUAAAAUCACUACGAGCCACGGGAGGCCGCGGCGGCGACGGCUGCAUCUCCUUCCUGCGCCUGUGGAGCAACGAAUUCGCAGGCCCCGAUGGGGGCGACGGGGGCAACGGAGGCCACGUCAUUUUCAAAGCUUGCGUCGCCACCAAAGACUUAAUAAACGUACCGGCGGUAAUCCGGGCCAAAGACGGCGAAAAAGGAACCAACAAAGACUGCCAUGGUAAAAACGCCGACCACUGCAUUAUCGACGUCCCUGUGGGGACUGUGGUGAAAAACGCGACGGGCAAAGUCGUGGGGGACUUGACAACCGAGGGGAUUAUGUUUGUGGCGGCUAGAGGCGGCGCUGGAGGAAAAGGCAACCAUUUUUUUGUAACAGAUACGGAACAGGCGCCUGAAGUGUGUGAGUACGGUGCUGUGGGGGAGGAGUUGGAGUAUACUUUGGAAAUUAGAAGUAUGGCGCAUGUCGGUUUGAUUGGGUUUCCUAAUGCCGGAAAAAGUACUUUAUUGAGGGCUGUGUCAAGAGCAAGACCCAAGGUGGCGCCUUAUCCAUUCACUACGUUGAAGCCGUACGUGGGUAUGGUACAGUACGACGACUAUGAGCAAAUUGCAGUUGCUGAUUUGCCCGGUUUGAUACCAGAUUCUCACAAAAAUAGAGGUUUAGGGAUCCAGUUUUUAAAACAUGUAGAGCGAUGUGCCGCUUUAUUGUAUAUUUUAGAUAUGUCAAGUGAAAAACCGUGGGAGUAUUUGGAAACUUUGCGGUAUGAAUUGUCUCAGUUUAACGAAAAUUUAUUAGAAAGGCCGCAGUUGGUUAUAGCUAAUAAAAUAGAUUUAGCGGAAUCUGAAGCCAAUCUAGAGCUACUUAAGCAACACACGGACUUAAAAAUUAUUCCCAUAAGCGCUAAACUAGGUAUGAAUAUAAGCGAACUACUUAGAGAGGUUAGGAUUUUGUAUGACCAAAGUAUAGACAACAGCAGUUGAUUGUAUUGUUUAUUAAUAAAAAAGUGAUUAAUAAUUUAAAA